CCAAAAGUAUUGUAAUGGCAAGGUCAUUUCCUUUAUUUUUGUUGUACAUUGAAGACAUUUGGGUUUCAGAUCAAAAGAUGUAUAUGAGACAAAAGUUCAGAAUUCCAGCUUUUAUUUCAUGGUAUUUACAUCAUUAUAUCUUUAAUCUUGAACAACUCAGGACAGAGCACCUUUUUUUUGAAGCCACCCACUUUUCAAGUGAGCAAAAGUAUUGGAACAGACAUUAUUAAAUUAACUUAAAGUGAAUAACAUUUAAUAUUUGGUGGGAUAAUCCUUACUUGCAAUGACUACAUCAAGCCUGCGACCCAUUGACUUCACCAGACUGUUGCAUUCUUCAUUUGAAAUGCUUUUCCAGGCCUUUACUGAAGCCUCUUUCAGUUCUUGUUUGUUUCUGGGUGUUUCUCCCUUCAGUCUCCUCUUCAGGAGGAAAAAUGCAUGCUCUAUUGGGUUUAGGUCUGGUGACUGACUUGGCCAGUCUAUGACCUUCCACUUUUCCCCCCUGAUGAAGUCCUUUGUUGUGUUGGCAGUGUGUUUUGGAUCAUUGCCUUGUUGCAUGAUGAAGCUUCUCCCGAUUAGUUUGGAUAAAUGUUUCUGUAAAUUGCCAGACAAAAUGGUUUUGUAGACUUCAGAAUUCAUUCUGCUGCUACCAUCAUGCAAUAAAGACUAGUUCCAAAAGCAUCCAUGCAAGCCCAAGCCAUGACAUUUACCUCCACCAUGCUUCACAGAUGAGCUUGUGUGUUUUGGAUCAUAAGCAGAUCCUUUCUUUCUCCAUACUUUGACCUUUCCAUCACUUUGGCAGAGUUUAAUCUUGGUCUCAUCAGUCCAAAAAAACUUUUGUGGCUCACCUCUGUACUUCUUUGCAAAAUCCAAUCUGACCUUCUAAUUCUUUUUGUCAGGGCUGCUGUUUCAGCACCCUGAGUCCAGCCCGUGUGUAUGUGUGCGUGUGUCAUGAGUGCUUUGCAGGGUUGACGUGUUGGAGUCGAGCAGCUGCAGCUUGUCAUCCUAAUUACACCUGACUGCUCUUAAGACGCUGUGGGACUCCAACUCGUCGCCAGACUAUCAACGCUCUACGUCGAGUUCGUAGCCUAGCCACUUAGCUUAUCUUUUUGCUUCCUGACGACCUCGUGAGUUACCUCUACCUAAUUCUUGUUAUUUGACCCCAGUCUGCCAUCUGCCCUUGCUCCCUGCAAACCAGUGCUCACCUCUUGCGGCCCACCGACAACACGAACUCCUACCCUGCCAAUCCCGGAUUUAGUUCUCGGAGUUCCUUUGUUCGCUUCAAAGCUGUAAUAAACCGUUAUUCACAAACUCACCUCCCUGUCCUCUCUGCAUCUGGGUCCAACUUGCAACCUGAAUCCUGACACUUUUUGCUGAUGAGUGGUUUGCAUCUUGUGGUAUGGCCUGUAUAUUUAUUCUCUCAAAGUCUUCUUCGAACAGUGGAUUGUGAUACUUUCACCCCUGCCAUGUGGAGGUUGGCAGUGAUGUGACUGACUGUUGUCUUCGGAUGUUUCUGUCAUCAAGUGCUGUUGAUACCCUUGGCCGACCUGUUGGAUGUCUGUUGCUCAGUAAACCAUUAUUUCUUUUUCAGGACUGAGCCCUGAUCGAUUUUCCCUCUUCUCUCAACUUCAAAGUGGGUGGGUUCAAACAAAAGGGGCUCUGUCCUGAGUUGUUUAACAUCUAGAUGUAAAUACCAUGAAAUAAAAGCUGGAAUUCUGAACUUUUGAUCUGAAACCCAAAUGUCUUCAGUAUACAACAAAACAAAGGAAUUGACCUUGCUUUUCCAAUACAUUUGGAGGGGACUAUACUGGGAGGAACAAAUACAUACAACAAAAGGCAUUUGCCAUUAUGUAUUACAUCUGUACAUCAAGAGCUGUAAGUUGAGCUUUGCAGUAGAUAACAGGAAAAAGAAAGUAGAAACUCAUUCAUCCAAUGAUUUCGACAUGGUUUUGUCUUGAAAUAGCUACAUUUGUGAACAGUAAAAACAAAUCUUCCCUCAGAACAACAGCACAUCAAUAACAAAAUCUUAACUCUUGUCUUUGCCAAAAACACCAAACUUAAUUGACUCCACCAUCCAAGUUGAGAGUUAGUUUAGACUGAAGCCAGCCCUACAUAUCCAACCAAAAGGCCAUUACCGAUUUGGAGAUAAAAAAAAGAUUUUCAAGGUUCUCAGUGUCUGCAUCACAAAAGAAAACAAUUCGAUUUAAUAUAAAAUUUUGGCCACAAGAAUUCUUUAGUGGGGUGAAUCUCGUUUAGAAUUUCAAAAUGUACUUCUUUAAUUUUGUGGGGAAGUGGAAAUGAAAGAUAUCUAGUUCCAAUUUGUUAAAUCUCGUUAGUUUCAAAUUCUCUCAAAAUAUAUUUCCUCCUGACUGGGCGGGGAAAUAAGAGGUUUAUUUCAUUGUAGUUGAAGCACAGCAUCUGAGGAGGGCAGUAAUGCGCCGUGUAGCGUUUACACUGCCGGAAAUACGAAAGUGGAAGAAGAAGAAGCUUCACGUUAUGAUGCAUGUUGACCGCGCGACACGUGUGUCACAAGAAAUCCGAUUCUUAUGAAUACAGAGUACAGCUGUUGACCUGAUAAUUCGCCAACCUCACGGUAUUAUAAUGUCAGUACACCAACUUCCAGGUGAAGUCUGGAUUCAAGUACUGGGAUAUCUCUGCGUGGCAGACAAGCACAGCGUUCGGGCGACUUGCAUUGACUUCAGGGAACUUGUUGACUGCGGGUUGCUAUGGAAAGACUGGACAAUAGUGCUGGCUUUUCCGAAAGCUUCUUACAACAGUCCGUUCUGGGAGAUGCUGCGCCGAAGAAAAAUAAAUAAAGUGGUGGUGAGGAGCACCAGAGCGAAGGACUGGAGGCAACUCGCGCGGUGCCUCCCGUCGAUCACCACUGUGGUCAUGGAGCGAAGCUCUCAGGAAAUUUUGGAUGUUUUGAAGAAUUUCACCCAUCUGAAGCAUCUGGCUGUGCGGUGCAGUUGCACCUCUCUUCUGCUGACCGCUUCGGCAGUGCAUAAAGCGGAGAGGCUGACACAUCUUAGCAUUUGUCGAGUUCAGUUUCCCUCUAAAUCCAUUGAACAUCUGAUUUCUGCUUUCAUAGACUUCAGGAAUCUGACAUCUCUGGUGUGCCAUGACACUGAGCUCAAUGAAGAAUGUACGAUGACGACUUACUUAAUACUCGGCUGCCUUCCUCGACUUAAGCAUCUGUCAUUGACCUGUGGACGUAAUGUGCAAGCUGUUUUGAGACACACCACACCUUUACCAGUGAAGGAGGCGCACGCACUGUCCAGUCUGGAGCUCAUACACUGUGAUCAUUCACUACCACAGGAUGCAAUGAAGCUGCUGCCCAACUUGCAGAGACUCGUUCUCAUCUACAAGUACUCUGAUAAAGACUUUGUGGCUGACAUAUGGUUUGCUGCCAUGAGGGAGGACCUGAAAGCGUGGCUGAGUGCCCUCCAUCGACUGUCAACCUUGGUCAUCAAAUUGGGACCGCACGUUAACAGAUAUGUACCCAAUCUCAUCCACCUCCACAUAGACCCCUGGCCCUCAUGUUUGGGAACCAUCACUGCUGAAAUCCCUCAGCUCUUUCCAAAACUCCAAAGUCUCAAAAUCCGAGGGAAGCAUGUGCCAGAAGAGGAUUUUUUAGGCUUUCAAAAGAUGGCGGACCUGAGAUAUGUGGAGAUGCUGGAUAGCAGGCCCCAAUUCUCUGAGAUGGCUGCAAAACUCCAAGUGCUCACUAAAUACAGAGUCCAAGUCAUAGACUCGCAUCAAAGAGACAUUUUGGACUGUGACUGCAGCCUUUAGUCACCAAAACAAGUGUUUCAUCAUUUAUAUGUUUAUUCAUUAUUUGUAAAGUGGAUGUUUCUUCAGACUCAUUUUUGUCGAGAUCAAGCAAGUGAACCUUUAAGAUGAGUUAGUAAAUUUGUUAAUUCUAAUUGUUGGCAAUCAAUUCACAACUGCAUUCACGUGACAUACUAUUAUGUAUGGUGAACUGCUCCACUUUUUGUAUAUUUCAUAACAUUUCUGUAAAAUCAAAAUCUUGUGUUGACAAACGAGGAUAUUAACGGCACACAGUCACAGAGCAAUGGCAGAAAUCCAGAUCUUAUUUUAUUUGCAUUGGUUGGAUUAAUCAAUCUGUAAUCAGCCCCAUCACAAGUUUACAUAGCACCCAAGCAAGCCAAAGCUCUUAAAAAUAAAAUGCUUAAGGAUCACAAAAUGUACUAUAACGUAUUUCACUAAAAGUAGAAGGUUCAUCUUCAUUGACAGGUAGAAACGAAGAGGUAACUAAGAUUACAUGGAGAAUAAAAAUCAAUUUCUGUCAAUAUUUGUAGGCAAGCAGUCUAACUGAACAUCCAAUAUGCAAAGUCUAAAUCAGCAGGAUGUGUACAGUAACUGUCAGCUCCAAUGCUCAACAAGUGGCUUUCCUGUUUUCUUCUUCUGCUCAUCAACUACAGUGUACUUGUGCACAUUUAGAAAGUAGCUACAGCACAGCAGACAAGUCUCCCUGAAUUCAGACCACAAAGGCUCAAAUCACAGGAAAGACCACAGUGUAUAAGACCUUAUUGCAUUGUCACAUUUGGCACAUUGCAUCCUCCACCUUACAACCAUAAAUGUAUAUUAAACACUUUGCCCACUCAGUGAUGAAAAAUAAGCAUGUGCACGGAGAAUCUUAGUCAAACACGGUGUGAUUAAAUACAUGUAGCCCACAACAACCUGCUACCCAUUUGGCACUUGUAACAUCAUCAUAGAUUUGAGU